AUGACGUCGAGGCGGUGCCCGGGGGCGACGAGCCUGACGGUGACGGAGGACCGGUUCGGCGUGCUGGAGGACGAGAGGACCGGCGAGCGGCAGGCCGUGCGCCGCUUCGCGCUGGACAGCGGCCGCGGCCUCUCCUUCCAGGUGGUCACGCUCGGCGCCGCCGUGACCGCGCUCUCGCUGCCCGACCGCCGAGGCGCCGUCGAGGACAUCGUGCUCGGCUUUGACAGCCUGCAAGACUAUGUGGAGCACUCGGCGCUGUCGCUGAGCGGCGUGAUGGGCCGCGUGUCGGGGCGCGUGGGCGGCGCCAGCUUCCGCCUCGGGGAGAACAUCCACUUCGUCACCGAGAACGACGGCCACCACCACCGCGACGGCGGGGUCGCCGCCUUCCACAAGGCGCUGUGGGAGGCGAAGAUGCUGGAGGACGGCGUGCUGCUGAGCCACGUGAGCUGGGACGGCGCGGGCGGUUUCCCCGGCGCCGUGCUGGCUGAGGUCUCCUACCGGCUGCCGCGCGACUCGGUGCUGCCGGAGCUGUGGGUCGACAUGACGGCCGUCGCCACCGCGCCCACGCCGCUCGACAUGAGCCUCGCGAUGCCCUUCAAUCUGGCGGGCCACGAUGCUGGAGAGCCUGCGCUGAAGGACCACUUGCUCACGCUGGAUGCAGACCAGUACUUGGCAACCACGCGUGACUUCAUACCCACAGGGCAGCUCUGGUACGUGGGUGGCACUUGCCUGGACUUCCGGAAGCCCGUGUGGCUGGGUCUGGCAAUGGAGCGGCCACCAAUCGGCGGGUUGGAGCACACAUUCUGCCUAACCCCAAUGCCGCCGCAAGAGCGACCACGCUUUGUUGCCAGGCUGGAGCACCCGAUGUCGGGCCGCGCUGUAGAGGUCCGGUCAGACCACUGUGCUGCGCGCGUGUACUCCUUCUGGGACCUGUCGCCUCCGUGGGUGAUGGACCAGGCUGCGGGUACAGGGGACGAUGUCGGCCGGACGGAGCCCGCGCCCGAGGGACACUUCUACAAGGAGAAUCGGGCGUCGGCGGACGAGCUGUUCCCGGACUACGUGGACUUGUAUGCGGGUCCAGAGGAGGAGGAGGAGGGCGCGGGCGACGCGGCCGAGGCCGGCGAGCAGCCGGAGUGUCUGGAGGAGGGCGAACGACCGCCGACGCAGAAGUCUGACGUCAGCUGCCACGUCAGCGCCACCACGCUGCCCGGCCUGGCUGGCAAGGGCGGCAGCUCCUACUACAAGAACGGCGCCAUCAUGAUCACGCCCCAGGGGUACCCCAACGCCGUCAACAAGAUUCCCUUGAAUCUUGCCAAGAAAAUUCUUGAAGACAUGGACUUCCAGUUCAUCAAGCUGUUCUUCAUUGUUUAG